GCCAACAAAUACGAACCACUCUCGUUGACCCAAAAGAUUUCAAUCUUCUGUUCAAAUCAAACCCUAUAAAAGAUUUUCGAUCGCGAUCGCUAAAAACCCUAAUAAUCUCCUUCCAAAAACAGUUUAAAUUUCAAAUCUUGGUACAGUUGAAAUGCAUGAUUUUUGCUUCACGAUCCCGUACGGGAUGAUAGUGUUCUGUGGUGGGCUUAUCGGCUUUGCAAGAAAAGGGAGUACGACGUCGUUGGCUGGUGGUGUUGGCACUGGAUUGUUGCUCUUUCUGGCUUCUUAUCUCACUCUCAGUGCCUUUCACAAGCGAAAGAACUCGUGGGUCGGGUUGAUUCUUGAAACUGUUUGUGCUGCGGCACUCACAUGGGUUAUGGGACAGCGAUACGCCGAAACUGCUAAAAUAAUGCCUGCAGGUCUUGUUGCCGGUAUCAGUGGAUUGAUGACAGCAUUUUAUCUGUACAAGAUAGCCACCGGCGGUAACCAUUUUCCCGCCAAAACUGAAUGAUCCGAGAUCUACAAUUUGAUUCUUAAACUAGCAGCAUCUGUAAUGUGCAUGUAUUCUGAAUUGAUAAUCGUGUAUACUGAAUAGAACAGUCAUGUUUUGUGAAGUUUUGUGAAAAGAAAAUUGUGCUGUGCUUCUUCCAGGGCAAAA